AUGUCAUCGGGUUUAAAGAUCAAUCUAAAGAAAAAAUUAGGUACAAAAAAGCUUAAGCCAACAUUAAAUUCCAAUUCUGCUGAAAAUGAAUCAAACUCAAAGACAUUGAUUGACACAUACACUAAAACAGAACCAGAAAAAUCAGAAGAACCUAAAAAAUGGAUAAUAAAACCAAAAAAGAUAAGUAGUUCAAUCAAUGUUGAACCAGUUGUAACAAAAGAGGAAGAAAAAUUGAAAUAUGGAGUUACUGAAUUUGACAAAACUGAAACUGUCAACCAAAUUUCAGUAGUUAAGAAACUCAGGUAUGAAUCAGAUGAAGAAGAAGAUGAUGAUGAAAAUGAUCAAAUACCACCAGAAGAAUUUGGAGCAGCUUUUCUACGAGGUUUAGGAUGGGACGGAAAAGAUGGAGCUGAAUCAGAAGAAGAAGAAGAAGAAACAAAAAAAGAAAGUAAAGAAAUACGAAAUAGACAAAAGGGAAUAACUUUAGGUAUUGGAGCUAAACCUAUAAAUAUUGAUUUAGCAAAAGAUUUACAAAAUCAAGAAUCAAAUGGAGUACCAUUAAUAAAACGACGAAAAAUUGAUAAAAAAAGUGAUGAAACAUGA